AAAACCCAACAAAAAUACAAAACAUAAUCUUCAUCCUCAUUCAGUUAUCUCACUCACCGGCGACAACACCAAAACUUUCCGAUGACCACCACAACUGACCACCGUCACAACCACCACCACCACCUAAACAACAUCUCCAACUUCAUCCACUCAACGGCCACAAACAUCUCCUCCAUAUUCACUCCUAAAUCCCCCAACUCAACCUCCGUUUCUUCUCCGGCCAAAUUAUUCCUCCCGCUUCCUCUCUCCUCACCACCGGUUUCGUUAUUCGAUUCUUCUGCGCCUAAUACGGCGUCGUUUUCAUCGGCUGGUAGUGUCUCGUCAGAGACAACUAGCUCAGGGUUUCCAUCGACGGUUAGGGUUUCGAAUUUGAAAGCGGACGGAAAUAGUGGUGGUCCGGCGUUUGUAGGUCAGGUUUUUAGUAUGUGUGAUCUUUCUGGAACUGGUCUCAUGGCUGUUUCUACUCAAUUUGAUAUUCCGUUUAUUUCGCAAAGAACACCACAAUGGCUUAAAAAGAUGUUUCAAGCCGUUAUGAAGAGUGAGAGGAACGGCCCCGUGUUCCAGUUUUUCAUUGAUCUCGGAGAUGCAGUUUCUUACGUUAAGCGGUUGAAUAUUCCUAGUGGGGUCGUUGGUGCCUGUCGCCUUGAUUUAGCAUAUGAACAUUUCAAGGAAAAGCCUCACUUGUUCCAGUUCAUUCCAAACGAGAGACAGGUCAAAGAAGCCAACAAACUUCUUAAAAACACGCCACAAAACACUCGGAAGAAGAAAGUCGAAGGAGUUCCGGUUUUCACUGCACAAAACUUAGAUAUUGCAAUAGCCACUGCCGAUGGAAUUAAGUGGUAUACUCCAUAUUUCUUCAAUAAAAGCAUGCUAGAUGACAUUCUUGAAGAUUCGGUAAAUCAGCAUUUUGAUUCGUUAAUUCAGACUCGACAUUUGCAAAGACGUCGAGAUAUUAUAGACGAUGACAACAUAGCUUCAGAUUUGCUGGAUGACAAUACAGACAAUGUUUGGGAACCCCCAGAGGUUCAGGAAGUUAUGGAUGAAAUGGGGGCUCCGUCUAUACCAUUGAGUAUAAUUACGAAGGCUGCAGAGAUGCAGCUUCUGUAUACGGUUGAUAAAGUACUUCUUGGAAACAGGUGGUUUAGGAAAGCCACUGGAAUUCAACCCAAAUUUCCGUAUGUGGUUGACUCGUUUGAGAAAAGGAGUGCAGCUUCCUUUGAGAAGGCAUCCAUGUUACCUCAUGCUGAAAACAACCGGCUGCAGCAAUUUAAUCCUUCAAAACACGAGUCUCAGGAUGAACACAACAGUGGUGAUAAAGAAUAUCUGGAAGAAGACCAGCACCCAAACCCGAACCCGAACCCAUUUCUUCCGAGGAUCACCAUGGUUGGUGUGGCAACGACCGAGGCUGGGCCAAUGAGCAAGGCCACUCUGAAAAAGACCAUGGAUGAUUUAACCAACGAGCUCGAAAGCAUGGACCAGGGGAACAUGGCUAGUGGUUUCAUGGAAGAUAAAUAUGAUGAUGAAAGGGACCCUCUUUUCGUGGCUAAUGUGGGUGAUUACUAUUCGGGCUUGUCGAAAGCGAGUUCGGCUAGAUGGGUUCGCCCUAGAUCAACCAGAAGCUAAAUCUUUAGGGAUUUCGUCUACAGAAUAUACAUUUUUUUGGUGAUUAGUUAAGUAGAUGUAGAUUAUUAUGAUGUUGUAUGUUGUAAGAUGUACUCUUUAACAUUCUUGGGUAUGUUAUAUUGUUAUUUAGAUAAAAUAAAAACAUGUCUUUGUUGACUGACUA